AUGGCUCAAAACGACCCGGGGGAAGCGAGUCGGCCGCCAGGGCGCACCGCAGGCUCUCACCGCCAGAGGCCUCCCAGCACAGGGGCGGUCUCCCGGCACACCUGGGACGACGGACUGGCGCCCCCCUCACGGGGCUCGCGCCCACGGCCACCUACUCACUCAGAGCCGCAGCCGUCCAGGGAGAACGCUCUCCCGCCGCGUACCGGCGUCCCCCAUGGCCCUCACACGCGCAACCCUGCUGUGCCAGGCUCCCCGCCCCGCCCCCUUUCUCAGGGCUUCGAGGGCACUGCUCUGCCCGGGGACGCCACCGGCGGACGGAGGCGGGGGGACGACACUCACGUGAGGCGAGGCCGGCUCGGUCCCAGACAGCGGAAGGGAACGCGGGCGGUCGCACGCGCGGGGCGAGGAGGAGGGCCGGCAGCGGCGGGGAGGGGCCGGCAAGUACGCACAGCAGGGGCCUUCCGGGGACCAGAAAACCCCGGGACACAGCCGGGCAGCCAGGAAAUCCAGCGCGGGAUCCCACCGCCACCCACACAAAAGGGCGGUCCCCCGACGCCUGGGACGCCAGCCAGUCCAAGCCAUCCCCAGAGCGGGCCCCACAACCCGGCCCCACCGCCAGGGCCGGCGUGCCGUCCACCCGUCUUCCUCCAUCCGUCCUCGACAGAUCCGUCUUUCCAUCUAGUCUGA